AACAACACCAGUCUACUUAAAACUGGUGACCGGGCGGUCGGUGUAGUAAAAGCAGUGAGAACAGUCGGUUGAGAAUUCGUUGAUUCAAUAUGUUUUGGCUCCGAAAUAUUAAAAUUCAUCUGUUUUGGAAAAUCUAUUGGUUUACACUAUUGUGUUUGGUCCUGUACAAUGAGUACCUGGUACACCUUUUUCACAGUUGGCAAUGGUCUCAAAUAGAAUGCCUAACAGACAGAUGCGUAAGAAUUCUACUAGUGGCUGAUGCACAAAUAUUGGGAAACACCUUCGAUACCAAGCUGUACUGGCCUCUGGCUAACUAUGACUCAGACAGACAAUUGGCAAUUACAUACCGUCGGGCGCUGCAACACGCCGCCCCAGAUGUGAUAUGCUUCCUGGGGGACUUGAUGGAUGAAGGAAGUAUGGCAACAACGGAUCAAUAUGAGGAGUAUUUUCAAAGGUUCUCUAAAAUUUUUAUCCAACCAGAGGCUCGCACCUCGAUGAUAUACAUCCCAGGUGACAACGACAUAGCCGGGGAAGGUUCUGAACUUGUUAAAGAAGACAGUGUUGAACGCUUCAGGCGUUACUUUCAAGGCCAAUCGUUGUGGAUGCUACCUCAAGGAACCACAUUUUAUAAUGUCAACCGAAUAAGUAAACUUAUGCCGGAAAAAUACGGCAAUAGUAACGGUUCAGAACUGUUCUCAAUUGUUCUCAGUCACAUAAGUUUACUGAAACAGACAGACGACUAUUCCAUACAGACUGUUAAAGCGAUCCAACCAGAUGUGAUAUUCUCAGCGCAUGAUCACAAUUCAAAAUUUGCUGUUAUCAGACAGGACGAGCUAGGAAAGAACUCACUCUUUGUCGCACUUAACACAAAACGGAAAAAUCGACAUGACAUCCAUUCGUUUAACCUGAUCGAACUGCGAAGAAACGAUCAGCUGCUCGAAAUUUCGGUCCCAACGUGUUCCUACCGAAUGGGUGUAAUGAAAAUUGGGUACGGUUUCGCUGUUCUGGAUGGCGAUACGCUGCAAUACACCAUACUUUGGACUUCACAGCGUUUCUAUCAACUAGCGUUGUAUUCCCUCUUAAUCAUUCCACUAAAGCUGGUGUGCGGACAGAUUUGGUGUAACUUGCUGAAACGGUACUGGUGCUGGCGUUGUAGAAGAAAUAGAAAUUAUUUGCCAUUGCAUUCAAACUGAAAAGAAUUCUCAUUACUGACUGAGAUAAAUAGUACAAAUAGUAUAGAUUGAAAUAGACAGUGCGAAUAACAACAGACUUUUAGUUCAAGUUUAUUUGUUCAGGAUUGUUACCCGUGAAACCAUCGGGCACGUUAAAGCAUC